GUGACGACCAUUGUGAUUAGUGUGCUCAGAGCAAGCGGGCAUUUUUAUUUCAUUCAGCGGUAAUUUGUGUAAAAUAUCGUCGGAAGGAACGAAAAUAGUUUUCUGGCUAUAAUUAGUGAAAUCCAGUUGAUACGCAAAUUGAAAGAGUUGGAAUGAGUCCACGUACCCGUAGUCGUAGCAUUUCCCCGCGUCGAAGUUAUAGCAAAUCGCCCGCGCGGCGUAGCAAUGGACGUCGCCGGCAUUCUAGAGAAAAAGUGUAUAACUCUCGAAGCCGUUCAGCCUCACGACACCCUCCUUCACCACCACCGCUACCAGCUGGACGUGCCGGCCGUUACUCGGAUGCCAGUAAAAGUUCUUCAACGUCACUCUCCCCACGUCAUGGCCGCCGCGUUUCCCGUUCGCGUUCACGCAGUCCAUACGACAAGCGACGUGCUAAUCGCGAAAAGCCAGUGCAAAAUCGCUGUAUAGGAGUUUUCGGUUUGAGUGUGUAUACGACACAGCAAAAAAUACGCGAUAUAUUCUCAAGAUUUGGCCCAAUCGAACGAAUACAAGUUGUUAUUGAUGCACAGACCGGCAGAUCUCGAGGAUUUUGUUUUAUUUAUUAUCAGGAUAUAGCCGAUGCUAAGGCAGCUAAAGACGCUUGCUCGGGCAUGGAAAUCGAUGAUCGUCGUAUACGUGUCGAUUACUCUACAACACAACGACCACAUACACCUACACCGGGCGUUUAUAUGGGGCGUUAUACGCGGCGUGAACGUGAUCAUGAUCGUUAUCGUGAUGAUUAUCGCUCCCGCCGUCGAUCGGUUACGCCCCACAACAGCCGCAAUAGCUAUCGAGGAGAUCGCAGACGCCGAUACGAUCGCAGCCGAAGUCGUUCCUAUUCACCGCGGCGUACGCGCUAUUAAAAAUAUGUUCAACAAUAAAAGAAACUUUAUAAUACGAUAUAUACACGGAAGCCCACACCUUGGUAAUGUAGUAACUGUGUCGCCAAGAUAUCGUUACCUAUUUUUUCAAAUGGACUUUUUGCUAAAAUCAGGCAAAACAAAAAUUUAGAAAUAUCAAGUUAGCUGCAGAACACAACUAAAACAAAAUAUAACAACAUACUUUUGAAUUAUAUUUUAUUUAUAUUAUUGGAGUUGUGAGAGAACUGCGCUAGUGUUUUAUCCAGCAUCGAAUAAUCCCAUGUCAUCAUCAUAAUUUCAUCGAACCGAUUAAAAUUUUUUCGCAAAUCAUACUACAAACUGAAUGUGUCUUACUCGUCAAAUGCUUAUAAAAUGGAUGUUUCAAUUCGUCACAACCAAGCACAAUACUUGAUUAUUUCGCCCGAAAUUGGACUUCAUUUCAUUUUUCAACAAUGUUUAUACUCGUAUUGAAAAUCUGAUAUUCUUUCUUAUCAUAUUCUAUUAUCUUUUGCUUACCAUUGUUACUAGCAAUUAACACAUUUUAUUUGUUGAUUUCCAAACACUUUCGUCUCACUUUGUGUUUAAUAGUACAUAUACAUAUAUAGUUGCAUUGCAGUUUAUAAAUUUAACUGAAAAAAACAAGAUCAACUAAAUCUUGUGAUGCAAUAGCACUAGCUUUGUCUAAUGUAUUAUAUUACUAUUUAAAUGUAUGCGUGCCCAGCAGAGGAUUUCAAAUAACAGUGGUGGGUACGUUUCGCGCCUAUUUUUAUAUAUUAUAAAAAAAUGCGAGACUUCAGCGUUUGUUUUCUUGUAUGUACUUUUAAUUAGUUUUAAUGUUUACUAAUACAAAUUGAAUAAAAGAAGUAAAAACGCA